GUGUUUCUCUCCCACGCUUCAGUGACUUCCAGCAAAGAUGUCGGAGUACAUCCGGGUCACGGAGGACGAGAACGAUGAGCCCAUCGAGAUCCCCUCGGAGGAUGACGGCACGGUGCUGCUCUCCACCGUGACGGCGCAGUUCCCUGGGGCGUGUGGGCUGCGGUACCGCAACCCGGUGUCGCAGUGCAUGCGGGGCGUGCGGCUGGUGGAGGGCAUCCUGCACGCUCCCGAGGCCGGCUGGGGAAACCUGGUCUAUGUGGUGAACUACCCGAAAGAUAAUAAGAGAAAAAUGGAUGAAACAGAUGCAUCAUCAGCCGUGAAGGUAAAGCGAGCAGUACAGAAGACUUCAGACUUAAUUGUCCUAGGUUUACCCUGGAAAACUACAGAACAAGACUUAAAGGAAUACUUCAGUACGUUUGGAGAAGUUCUCAUGGUGCAGGUUAAGAAGGAUAUUAAGACUGGUCACUCGAAGGGUUUUGGUUUUGUUCGUUUUACGGAUUAUGAGACCCAGGUGAAAGUCAUGUCCCAACGACACAUGAUAGAUGGCAGAUGGUGCGACUGUAAACUUCCCAACUCUAAGCAAAGUCCUGACGAGCCUUUGCGGAGCAGAAAAGUGUUUGUUGGACGCUGCACUGAGGACAUGACAGCAGAUGAACUCCAGCAGUUCUUUGCUCAGUAUGGAGAAGUGGUAGAUGUCUUCAUUCCUAAACCUUUCCGAGCUUUUGCUUUUGUUACAUUUGCAGAUGAUCAGGUUGCCCAGUCUCUUUGUGGAGAGGACUUGAUCAUUAAAGGAAUCAGCGUACAUAUAUCCAAUGCUGAACCUAAGCACAAUAGCAAUAGGCAGUUAGAGAGAGGUGGAAGGUUUGGUGGUAAUCCAGGAGGUUUUGGGAAUCAGGGGGGGUUUGGCAACAGCAGAGGAGGUGGGGGAGGACUGGGUAACAACCAGGGCAGUAACAUGGGCGGUGGCAUGAACUUCGGAGCCUUUAGCAUCAACCCUGCCAUGAUGGCAGCAGCACAGGCAGCCCUGCAGAGCAGCUGGGGGAUGAUGGGCAUGCUGGCUAGCCAGCAGAACCAGUCAGGGCCGUCGGGAAACAACCAGCCCCAAGGCAACAUGCAGCGGGAACAGAAUCAGGGCUUUAGCUCAGGAAAUAACUCUUAUGGUGGUUCCAACUCGGGAGCAGCAAUAGGCUGGGGCUCAGCUUCCAACGCGGGUUCCAGCAGUGGGUUUAACGGAGGCUUUGGUUCAAGCAUGGAUUCCAAAUCGUCAGGCUGGGGAAUGUAGACGCAGUGGGCUCUCAUACUGACUCUUUGGUGGGAAAUCAAAUUUUUCUAACGCGUGGUAAGUAUACUGUAAAUUACAUAUAAAUUUUUUCCAAAUCAGUUUGUUCAAUGUGCGGUAUAUUCAGCAGUAUUUUUGAUGUCUUUCUUUUGUAAAAAACAAACAAACAAAAAAAAAAAGGAAGAGGAAGAAAGGUAAAAGGAAUUUUAUAAGUUUUGUUACAUAACUUGUUGGAAUACUGAAUGUUUGGAAGUGGACUGCUGUUUGCCUGAUAGGUAAACUAACACUACAAUCAAUAGGAAAGCGUUCUCUUGUAGUACUUUACCCCUCGUUUCCUGGCUACCUGAAUUCUUUGCAUGUUCAAAAUGGAAACCAUUGGUCAGAAACAGCAUUCUCUCCCUCUCGUUUUUAAUUUGAUCCCACCAUAAGAAUCUCCAAGUGCCCCAACUGGAGAACUCAGUGUUGUUUUUCUGUUUCGUUUGUUUUUUUUGUUGUUGUUUUUCUUUUUUAACACUGUCUCCCCUCCAUACUAAAGUACGAUAUGAAGGCUUCAUUUAAUCUCCGCAGUUCAUCUCAUUUCAAAUGUGUAUGGAAGAAGCACUUCAUUGAAAGCAGUGCUGUAAAUAUUCUGCCUUAGGAAUACUUCUGUCUACAUGCUUUCUCAUCCAAGAAUACUUCAUCACACUGCACAUGCUGCGUCUUAGACGGUGGGUGUUCCAUUUUUAUCCGCUACUCUUUAUUUCAUGGAGUCGUAUCAACGCUAUGAACGCAAGGCUGUGAGAUGGAACCAGAAGGCUGUUUGAACUUUUGAAACCUUGUGUGGGAUUGAUGGUGGUGCCGAGGCAUGAGAGGGCUGGUAUGAGCGAGAAAAAAGAGAGCGCAUGCGGAGACCUGGUGGUGCAUUAUGGGAUUUUAUUUUACUUGGCGAGAUGUCUCUCAAUCCUGUGGCUUUGGUGAGAGAGUGUGCAGAGAGCAAUGAUAGCAAAUAAAGUACGAGUGUUUAUUGCAUUCAAAGGACAUCCAUAUGUGGAAGACUUUAAGUGGGUUUUAUACCUAGUUAAUCAAUUAGCUGAAUGUGUUUAUGUGAAAAGAUAUUUGUAUUUUUUUCCCUUAUGUCAACUGCUGUGAAUGCUGUAUGGUGUGUGUUGUUUUUUUUUCUGUUAAUGAUCUGUAAGUGUGGCAACGUGAAUUGAAGAUGGUGGGGUUUGCGAUGAGAACAUUGAGCUUGUGAUGCGCUUGGCAGUAGCUCUUGCAGCACAUCACUGGUGAGCUCAGUGUGCCUCUUGAGGGUGGAAGCUCUGCUGUGUAAGAUACCUUAAGAAUGCUGUUUGCUGCAGUUCCGUGUUUGGAUGCUUUUUAUAAGAUUUGUCACUGUAGGAAAUUCUUAAAUAAAACUGAUUUAAGUAAUAUGUGUCUUUGUUUUGCAGCCCUGAAUGCAAAGAAUUCAUAGCAGUUAAUUAAUUUUACCCUUUUGAGAUGAACUUCUGUAAAGUAUUGUUUGCAGCAAUUCAGUUCGUUUCAGAUAAACGUGCUCUAAAAGUUGGCAAGUCAAAUGGAGCCACCACGUAUCGCUACCUGACACCCAACUUAACCCACUGCAUUUUUGCACUGUUCAGUGAUACGUAGAUAUUUAAAAUCCAGUUCCCACAAGUUUGGGUAUCCGCACCUAGAAUGGUAAGCAGUUCCCUCCACUUUGCAUCUGUACCGAGGAAAGUUACUUCUAUUUUUAGGAGUAGGGGCUCUUAUCAGAAGUGUGAUGGAGGGGAAACAAACACUGUCAGAUGUACUGACAUCCACGGCACCUCCUGUGGGGGUGUAUUUUUAGAGCAGCCCCCCAGUGGGAAGUAGGGCUCUGUGACACUUCUAGCUCAGAAGACAACUGUAAACUCAGAAUUAGUCACAGAAAAGACUUCCUAGCUAAAUAAAGCAUUAGUAAAUGUACAUAACUUUGACAGAAGCCUUACCUGAAAAAAAUGGAUUUACUGCGAGUGCAGAGGGCCAAAUAAGAGGCAGCUUCUUAACAAAGAGCAGGAUCUUUCAGUGCAAACUGCUGGAAAAUUAUUUCCUCUGGUGGUAGGAACUUGAAGAAUUGUUGAAGCUAUCUGCACUUGCAACCCACUAAAGCUUGAUCCAUGUUUUUACACAAUGUACCACUAUGCUGUAGCUAUGCAACUUCAGAGUGUGGAUGUUAACACAGUUUAAUAGGUUUUUUUUGAGCUAGAACUCAAUUACUGAGUAUCAGUGCUUGUGAAUAGAAGACCAUCUAAACAGCUGCACUACUGUUAGUUUUCCAUUUUAAUUGCAAUACUAAAUCAGCUGGGUCUCAGUGUAUACCUUAAGUGGUUUGAAGAGGGGUUGCAAAAAACAGGCUGAAAACUAAUCGUGUGCUUGUUCAUAUCCCACUGCAAAAAGUUGCUUAAAUCUUUUUUCUGCACCUAAGUCAGAAUAAUAUCCAAACUCUGUACCAUUGUGAAUUUUGCAUUUUAGCACUUGCACUAUUACCAGCUACUUCUGCUGAGUAACACUUAAAAAUGGUAUUCUUGGACCUCCAAAGACUAACUGUGACAUCCCUGCAAGGAACUUUAUGGUAAGUUUUUGUGAUUAGCAUGGCUUCAUUUUUUUUAAAUUGUCUUAAGCCCAGGUUUAGGCUUUAAGAGGUGGGUUGGCGGUGCUGAAUAGUCCCCUAAUAAUUUCAGACUUUCCUGACCCUCAAACAAAAUCCUUGAAGGUUUCGAAGAGUUUUCAAGUUUUAGUGAUAUUUUCUAACUGCUUUGCAUACUCUAGUGUUUAUAAGUGAGUAAAUAAAAUACUGUUGAUUACAUAUUGAAGUGUUCAGUCUUGUUUUGUUUUUUUUUUUUUUAAGAAGACUUCAGUAUUUCACUUUCUAGAAUAAUUGAACUAAGAAGAGAAUGUGAGAUAAAAGAGACAGUAUCUUUACAUUAUCAGAAAAGGAUAUACCAUUUGGGCAUGCUUGGUAAGAAUCAGUUACUGUAGAAAAUAUCUAACUCUACUCUCAAGUAGUUCUUGAUUGUAGUGAUAUUAGUAUUUUAUAUACUUGAAUGUGAAAACUUGUUCUGUUUGAAAGCUAUAUUAAGAGAAAUGGUUUUUGCAGCUGACAGCAUGAAGGCCUUUAAGGUUAUGGUUGUGCAGCUGUGCCUGUACUUCAGUACAGCCGUAACCUAGGGAGCCUGAGAGGUUUCUCUGUACGUGUGCUCUCCAGGUAUGUAGGGCUAUUGGGACUCUUUAACUACCCAUCCACUACACAUGGCUUAAGGUACCUUAAUGCUGCUCUGCCUGCUUUCUCUGGAGGUGUUCAUUCAAACGCUAGCUGGUAAUGCCGCAGUCCUACAAGAAUCCACAAAGCUAUUUAAGAGAAAACAAAAUAGAUUUUAUUAACUGAAUUUUUAAAGAGUAAUUAAAAGUCUCAAGUUUGUUUAAGUUUACAAAAUUGUCAUACGCUUAAUGGUCUUUUAACAAUUUCUGGGACAAAACAAAAAUGAAAAUUGAUGCUCAAGUGUUUGGUUUUGUUUUUUGCUUUGUUUUAAAGAACAGGUAAGCCUAAUAAUAAACAUGCAGGAUUUUGUGUUGUUCUUGAAGUAUUUAAAUAGUCUGUGUAAUGUAAUCCAAGAACCAGUGAAAAGCUGGUAGGAAUUAGCAAUAAAAGUCUACUAGGA